AUGAAAAACCAGGAAGCAGAGGACAUUAACCCACUUGGAAUCCCGCCUCCAGUCCAUGUAGAGGAGCAAUUUGAUGAAGUGGCGCCAAGGCCAGCAAACAGAAUCCUUAGGGAUUAUGCUAGACCUGAUCGCUUCAACUGUGAAUCUAGUGUCAGGAAGCCCCCAGUGGCAGCCAACAACUUUGAAAUCAGGACCAGCCUGAUUCAGACAAUUCAACAAUCCUGUAUCUUCACUGGUGAUACAAGUGAAGACCCACAUAGUCAUUUAAUUGAUUUUCUAGAACUGGUAGAAACUGCUAAGUAUAAUGGAGUACCUCCUGAAGCUAUCAAGUUAAGGCUGUUUCCUUUUUCUUUAAAAGGAGAUGCCAAGACUUGGUUGCGAAGUUUGCCUCAAGGGCCCAUUAUGACAUGGGACCAGAUGACUCAGAAGUUUUUAAAUAAAUAUUUUUCCCCUGCUAAAACAACAAAGUUAAGACAAGACAUAUCUAAUUUCUUGCAGACUGACACUGAGUCAGUUUAUCAAGUUUGGGAAAGAUUAAAAGCAAUGUUAAGAAAAUACCCACACCAUGACAUUCCUGAACAUAUGCAAUUAUACAUUUUUUAUCAUGGGCUAAAACCCUCUGCUAGAAAUGUGAUAGAUGCAGCUGCAGGAGGUUCUGUAAUGGGAAAAACCACAGAGGAAGCAUUGCAACUGUUGAAUGAAAUUUCUGAGAACGCUAUCCAAUGGCCAUCUGAGCAUGUAAUCAUUAAAAAGGCUGCUACGCUAAAUCAGGUUGAUGCUUCAAAUACACUAACGCAGCAGAUUGUUUCUUUGGCACAAAAGUUUGAAUCUUUUCAGGUGAGUACACAACAGUCAAAUCAAUUUGAGGCUUGUGACAUGUGCGGAGGAAACCACCAGAACCAUGAAUGUCAAGCAACCAAUCAAACGGAUGAACAGGUUAAUGUCAUCGGUUACAAGCCAUAUCCUUUUGGGAGUCCAAUGGCACAGAAGCAUCUAGGAUUUCAGUGGAGUAACCCAAAUGGUGCAGAAAACUCUCAAAGCUUCCAGAAACAACAGAGGCCCCAACAAGCUCAUCCAAGCCUUGAUGACCUUUUGUACAAGUAUAUCAAGGUCACUGAUGAAAAGAUGGAAAGCCAAAAUACAUCCCUCAAAAAUCUGGAAAUUCAAUUAAGCCAAUUGGCAGCUCUUGUGUCAGAAAAGAUUCAGGGUCCCUUACCAAGCAAUACAGAGAAAAAUCCAAGGGAGCACCUUAAGGCCAUCACUUUACGGUCAGGUAAAGAACUAGAUGAACCUUAUGCAGGCAAACAAGAAAAGAACCAGACAGAACAACAGGUAGACAAGGGUAAGAAUUUUGAAAAACCAUCUGAACCAUCAAAGGAGAAAGAAAUAAAGAAUAAGGAAGAAAAAAUUUCUGAAAAAAUGGUUGCCCCACCUUUGACAAUUCCUUUUCCACAAAAAAUAAAACGAGAAAAGCUUGAUGUCAAUUUGCAAAGUUUUUGGAAAUCUUAA